UAAAUGAAAAUUUUCCCAAUCGAUCAAAAUCCUUCGCUGUUCUUCUGCCCUAAAAUUGACGAUCUCAAAGCCUCCGCCGUCGACCUCAGCCGUCUCCAUUCAAGCCUCCGCCUUCGACCUCCGCCCUCCGCCUUCAAGCUCCGCCGUCUCCAAGCCUCCGCCUUCGACUUCAACCGUCUCCAAGGCUCCGCUUUCAACCGACUUCAAGCCUCCGCCUUCAAGCUCGACCGACCAUCAACAGCGACCUCCGAAAAUUCUCCGCCUCGGUUUCUUCUAACACUAAGAUAAUAAAGCAAGGGUAUCUAAGAUUUUUCGCUGAUAAAAUUUGAUGGAUUUCAGGCUCGGGCGUAUCAAUCUCAAUGCGGUAGCCCAGGGAGUUGGUGGCUUGGUUUUUGGAAACGACAAUACUUCAAAUGAAGAUAGCCAUGUCGAGCGGUUGCUUGACCGUAUAAGCAAUGGUGUUCUAGCUGAGGAUAGACGUGCAGCAGUGUCUGAACUGCAGUCACUUGUAGCGGAAAGUCGUUCAGCUCAGCUGGCAGUAGGGGCUAUGGGAUUUCCAGUACUCCUGUCUGUCUUAAAGGAGGAGCGUGAUGAUGUCGAAAUAAUUAGAGGUGCCCUUGAAACUCUUGUGAGUGCAUUGACUCCUAUCGACACAGGUCAUGGACAGAAAAAUGAAAUUCAACCAGCUUCAAUAAACUCUGAUCUACUUUCUCGAGAAUCAGAGAGCAUCUCUCUUCUUCUGAGUUUGCUUUCUGAGGAUGAUUUCUAUGUUAGAUACUAUACACUUCAGCUUCUUACAGCUCUUCUCACACAUUCCCCUAGCAGGUUACAGGAAGCGAUUCUUUCUAUUCCUCGUGGUAUAACCCGCCUUAUGGAUAUGCUUAUGGAUCGCGAGGUCAUAAGAAAUGAAGCCUUGUUGCUGCUCACUUACUUGACUCGUGAGGCAGAGGAAAUUCAAAAGAUUGUGGUUUUUGAGGGAGCCUUUGAGAAGAUAUUUAGCAUUAUUAAAGAAGAAGGAGGUUCUGAUGGAGGUGUUGUUGUUCAGGAUUGCCUUGAGUUGCUGAAUAAUCUCUUACGUAAUAGUGCAUCUAACCAGGUAUUGCUGAGGGAAACAAUUGGAUUUGAGCCCCUAGUGUCAAUACUAAAGCUUCGGAGGGGUAGUGCUUACAAUUUCACCCAGCAAAAGACAAUAAAUCUGCUCAAUUCAAUGGCAACUGUCGAAUUGCUCCUGAUGGGUGGUCCAGAGAGUGAGCCGGGAAAAGAUGCUAAUAGAUUGUCAAAUCAAGCUGCAUUAGCUCAGAAGAAAAUUUUGGACCAUCUCCUAAUGCUCGGAGUUGAAAGUCAGUGGGCUUCAGUUGCUGUGCGAUGUUUGGCUUUGCGAUGCAUUGGUAAUUUGGUUGCAAGAAAUCCUCAAAAUCUGGACUCCUUGGCAAGUAAAUUGGUUGGAGAAGAGCCUCACGCUGAACCUGCUGUAAAUGCCAUUCUACGAAUUCUUUUGCGCACCUCUAUCAUUGAGGAAUUUGUAGCAGCUGACUAUGUCUUCAAGUGCUUCUGUGAGAAAAAUACAGAUGGACAGGCAAUGUUAGCUUCGACAAUGACUCUGCAGCCUAAUUCAACUAGUCAGUCUUCUCUUGAAGAUGAUGGUACCCUGUCAUUUGGAAGUAUGCUUUUACAAGCCUUGGUGUCAUCUGAAGCAAAUGAAGGUCUUGAGGCAAGUUCCAGAGCUUCCAGCGUGCUUUCUCAUGUACUGAAAGAUAACGCUCAAUGCAAGGAACGUGUAUUAAAAAUUGUGCUCGAGGCACCAAUGCCAUCCUGAGAUUUACAUAUCCAGCCAAUUAUCCUUCGUUUGCUGAUCACAUGGCUUGCAGAUUGUCCAAAUGCUGUCCACUGCAUUCUAGAUUCAGCAACACAUCUUACUUAUUUAAUAGAGCUCGUCUCAAAUCCAAAUGCCAGUGUAUGUGUUAGAGGUUUUUCUGCUUUAGUUCUUGGGGAAUGUGUUCUCUACAACAGAUCUAGUGAGAGCGGUAGAGAUGCCUUUGGUGUCGUCGAUGCAAUAUGCCAGAAAAUUGGCCUUACCUCAUAUUUCUUGAAUUUUGAAUAUCUAAAUAAGAUGUCUCUCUCUCUCAUUUCCUCCCCUUCAAUCCAACAUCAAAAGUCACUCACAAGAUCUACUUCAGCUAGUGUGAUGGACAUGCAAGAGUUCGAGAACGAUGGCACUGAUCAUCAGAAGCAUGAGCAUCCAGUCCUACUAGCAAUUUUUGACCUCUCAUUUGUUAAUUUCAUCAAAAAACUUGAAGCUGAUAUCAGGGAGAGAGUUGUGGAGGUCUUCAGUCAAACAAAGAACAAAGUUGCCACGGUGCCAGUUGAAUUGGAACAGAAAGAUGGAGAACCUGCUGGAAAUUACAUUCAGAGGUUGAAGUCAUUUAUAGAAAAGCAAUGCCAUGAGAUGCAGGGCUUGCUAGUUCGAAAUGCAACUCUAGCAGAUGAACUCGUGAAAACUGGAGGUGGAUCAUCUGAUUCUGGUAGUAAUAAACCAAGCAGCAGCAUAGAGAGGAUUCAAUCAGAAUCCCUCCGUCAAGAGCUUGUAGAAGCAGCACGAAGAAUUGAGAUGCUAAAAUCUGAGAAGGCAAAGAUCGAGGCUGAGGUUAACAACUACAGAAGCUUGGCUGGAAAGCUGGAAUCUGACUUAAAAAGCCUCUCGGAUGCUUACAAUAGCCUAGAGCAGGAUAACUGCCGACUAGAGUCAGAGGUUAAGGUUUUGAGGAUGGGAGAUUUGGAAGCAAUAAAGGAAGAAGCGAGGGAAGAAGCUCAGAAGGAGAGUGAAGCUGAGCUUAAUGAUUUGUUAGUUUGUCUGGGCCAGGAGCAGAGCAAAGUGGAGAAGCUGAGCUCGAGACUGGCUGAGUUGGGUGAGGACGUUGAGUCUCUUCUUGAAGGGAUCGGGGAUGAUGCUGGUUUGCAAGAGGAGGGUGACGAUGACGAUGAAGGUGAAGAUGCUAGUGAAGAAAAAUGAGAAAAUGACAAUUUUUAUGUCUGCUUAAUCUGACUCGACUCGUGGGCGUUCAUGUCUGAUAGGCUUUUCCGGAGAUUGUAUAUAUUGUACGACGGGACUAUUUGUUUUGGUAUUUCGAUUAAUUUAUUGGGUGGACAUGAAAUUUAUGAUGUGAGAAGCUUGCAUUCCUAUGCUAUUGAUAAAGAAACUAGUGAUUUGACGCUCUUUCUCA